AUGACGCACAGCCGAGACGAGCGUACCUCGGACUCGAUGUCUCGGAGAAGGCCCAACUUCUCAACACGAACUGCUCAAGAGGAUGUCUCUAGACUGGCUCCAAGCGAUUCCCCCAUUGCAUCUCCCGAGGAGAACAGCAGGUUUCCCAAUUGGAGAAAUGCGCUUUCACUUCGCCCGUACGAGCCAUUGAACUCCUCUUCUCAUACAACAGAGCGUCAGCGCCACUCGUUGCCCUCGAAUUUCUUUGGUAGCAUAUCCCGCUGGUGGGACAAACCCGACAAUGAUGAACUGCAAGGUACUUCGAACAGAGCACACCUACCCAUUGACCUUCCUACGGGGCCACUCCGAGAUUCUAGUGUGGACCAAAAGGAACGAAAUGGCCAAAAGAAUCGCGCUUCUGAUAGUGCUUCAAAACUCGGAACUUUCUCGGGAGUUUUUGUGCCGACCACCUUGAAUGUCCUAAGCAUUCUGAUGUUCCUUCGCUUCGGAUUUAUCCUUGGGCAAGCUGGCCUGCUAGGGAUGCUAGGCUUGCUCGCUGUUUCAUACACUAUCAAUUUGGUGACCACCAUGUCUCUUUCUGCCAUCGCGACUAACGGAACUGUCAAAGGAGGGGGUGCCUACUAUUUAAUCUCUCGAUCGCUGGGUCCAGAGUUUGGCGGUUCCAUUGGUAUAGUGUUCUACUUGGGCUAUGUGUUGAAUACUGGUAUGAACGCAGUUGGUCUUGUUGACUGUUUCACGCAAAACUUCGGAACAGAGUCUGGCACUUUAUCCAAUUUUCUUGAAGAAGGUUUCUGGUGGCAGUAUCUCUGGGGCACCAUCAUUCUUCUUACCUGCACUGGGAUCUGCCUAGCUGGGAGUUCCAUUUUUUCUAGAGCAAGCAACGGUCUACUUGUCAUUCUGUUGGUUGCGACCUUCAGCAUACCGGCAUCCGCGAUCUUUAUGAAGCCAUUUAGUAUUCCCAAUCUCCAUGUGACAUUCACUGGAGUGCGCCUUCAGACACUGCUGGAGAAUCUUAAACCCAGGCUCACCAAGGGCGCUGCUGGCAGCCAGAUCCACGGAAAGGAAACCUUCCAGGACCUCUUUGGAAUAUUGUUUCCUGCUACUGGCGGUAUAUUCGCUGGUGCCAGCAUGUCGGGGGACCUAAGGAACCCCAGUCAUUCGAUCCCAAAGGGUACACUUUCGGGGUUGGCUCUGACAUUUGUCACCUAUACACUUGUAAUAGUUGCGAUGGCGUCAUCUAUAACAAGGGAGUCGCUGUAUAAGAAUAGCGAUAUCAUCCAAAUGACAAAUGCUUCGGGAAUUCUUAUUCUUCUAGGAGAGUUCGCGACAUCUUUCUUCUCAGCACUGAUGGGUGUAAUCGGCUCUGCGAAGCUUUUACAAGCAAUUGCACGAGACGAUUUGGUCCCUGGCCUGAAAAUUUUCAGCAAGGGCACCAAAGAAAACGAUGAACCGGUCCACGCAAUCAUUGUAACCUUUGUUGUUGCGCAAUUGACGAUGCUUUUUGACAUUAAUCAGAUAGCAUCCUUUGUCACGAUGACAUAUCUCAUGACAUUCCUGGUGAUGAAUCUCGCAUGUUUUCUUCUAAAGAUUGGAUCCGCUCCUAAUUUCCGGCCGUCCUUUCACUAUUUCAAGUGGCAGACCGCUGCAGCAGGGGCGUUGGUUUGUGGAGCUUCCAUGUUCUUUGUGGAUGGUGUCUAUGCCACAGGUUGUGUCGGUAUCUUAAUCCUACUCUUUUUGCUGAUCCAUUAUAUUUCCCCUCCCAAGCCGUGGGGCGAUGUGAGUCAAAGCCUGAUAUAUCAUCAAGUGCGCAAAUAUCUACUUCGCCUUCGGCAAGAACAUGUUAAAUUCUGGAGGCCCCAAAUUCUACUGUUUGUGACCAAUCUUGAUGAACAAUACAAGAUGGUCUCCUUUUGCAACUCAUUGAAGAAAGGCGCCUUAUUCGUACUGGGCCAUGUUAUUGUGACUGAUGAUUUCUCAUCUGCGGUGCCCGAAGCUCGCCGCCAGCAAACUACCUGGACCAAGUUUGUUGAGAAUUCAAAAGUGAAAGCUUUUGUCAAUAUUGCAGUUUCUCCCUCUGCAGAAUGGGGUAUCCGUAACAUCGUGUUAAACUCUGGUCUUGGAGGAAUGCGGCCAAAUAUAGUUGUCAUUGACCAAUUUCGCAAUGGCCAGUCAUUAGUUGAGACACUGCAACCCAGAAAAGACUCGAAUGACAGACAUGACGUGGCUCCUGAGUCUGCAGUGGAUGAUGUACCUCGGCCACAAAUGAGCUGCGCAAACUACGUCACAAUAUUAGAAGAUCUGCUCUUCAAGCUCCGCAUCAAUGUUGCUGUGGCAAAAGGCUUUGAAAACCUUGAGCUGCCUACGUCUGGACAGCACCAGAAAAAGUACAUCGAUCUCUGGCCUAUUCAAAUGUCUGCAGAACUUGGGGCAGACAGCGAAAGCAAGAAGAAUGUUCUUACCACUAACUUUGAUACAUAUACCCUUAUCCUCCAGCUGGGGUGUAUUCUGAACACCGUGCCAUCCUGGAAGAAGACGUACAAAUUACGGGUAGCCGUGUUCGUCGAGUACGAAACGGACGUGGAUGAUGAGCGAGGACGGGUCCAAGCGCUCCUUGAAAAGCUGAGAAUCGAGGCGGAAGUUCUGGUCUUCUGGCUUGCUUGUGGCGACGUAAAAAGUUAUCGCAUUAUUGUAAAUGGUGACAGGUCGCCAGAGGUUAGAGAUACGCAGGACAAGGUGCAAACAGCUUUGAAAGAUGAAGGCUGGUGGCAGGACAUUGAAAGGUUUCGUAGGAGAUCCCACAACCAACCCAACGCGGACGACUUUGGAGCCGAGUUGGGAAGGGUUUCCAGUUGGCAUGCUGCUUCUAGCCAUGACACUUUACAAAAGGCUCCAGCCCAGUUGGCUGGUGGGAUAAAGAAGCUCAUGGAAUCAACGAGGCGUCGUCGGCGUUCUAUUUCCAGCUUCAAAGGGCUUGGCGGUGUGAAUCUGGGCAUGCAAACGCAUCGCUUACUAGAUAGCUUCGUUGAUUACGACUCAAGCGACAGCUCUUCAAGUGACAGCGAGUUUGAGCCCUUUGUCGAUGAGAGAGUGGAUGGCACAGACAACAAGGAUCCUGCAUCCGCAGAUACUGCGAGACACGAUGUUCCAUCUAUAGUUGCCCCUGAUGCCUCCCCUAAGAGCCGAGCGAGCGAAGCCCGACCACCUAUCAGCCGUUCGGCGUCCAGCAAUCGAUUCAGUUCGUCGCCAAUUCCUGAAGCUCAAGUCAACACUGAUGAAGGUGCGGGACCCUCGAUCAUGUUCGCACCGAGCUCACCCCCUCCGCGGGCUUCGAACCGGCGUGAAUCUAUUUAUACGCGCCGAUCAUCAUCGGUAGGGUCUGGUACUGCGUCCGGAUACCCCCGGCGGGCGUCUGUGCCGUUGUCCUUUAAUGAUCUUCCUAGCCGAGCGCAACACCUGAUUUUGAAUGAGUUGAUGGCAGAGCAUAGCAGUGAAACUGCCGUCAUCUUUACAACGCUGCCGUCUCCCAUGGAAGGCACCGCACAAGGUGAAGCAACGAGUGAAUCUUAUCUGAGUGACCUGGAAGUCUUAUGGCAGGGGUUGCCACCAUGUUUGCUAGUACAUAGCAACAGUAUGACGGUGACAAUGAACCUGUAA